AAUCUGUCAAACGGUACGAUGCAUAAUUUUUGAGUUAUGUUUUGAUACACAAGUUUGUAAUUUUCUUCGUAUGCCGCAAAUGACAGUAAAGUGAUGCGAAGUUGUUAAUUUGAAACUAUUAUUAACGUUGCUGCAAGAGAAAUAAUUAUUUUUCUUAGCUUUGAUCUACAGAACAAUGUCAAAGACAGCUACCCCAGUCGCUGAUGCUGCCAGCCAGCAACAGGCCGAACUGGAAUGGAUUCAGAUGAGAAAGGAUUACCCGAGCCUGCAGGUGGAAACGGCUAAAGAAAAGCUGAUUCGGAAGGUGAAGGAUAACCCGUUGGUUCCUAUCGGGUGUGCCGCAACAUUAGGUGCUCUCUGUUUUGGGCUCUGGAGUUUCCGCCAGGGUAGAUCACGGAUGUCUCAGUACAUGAUGAGGGCUCGAAUUUUGGCACAAGGCUUCACCGUGGUGGCACUGGUUGUGGGCGUUGGCCUCACGUACGGCAAAACGGCUGACGGAAAUAAGAAGUAAUGACCUCGCUGGGUACAGCGUUUGUUUUGUUAGUUUGUGAUGAUAUAUGAUAUGAUAUAAUAUAUAUAAGUAGAAUGAA